CGUUCCAGUCAGUAGAGUCAUCACUUCCUUGUUUGUUCUGCGUCAUCAUCGUAGUUUCUGUUUGUUUGCAUCUGAGAAUGUCUUGCUGCGGUGGUAACUGUGGCUGUGGAAGCGGCUGCAAGUGCGGUAGCGGCUGUGGAGGCUGCAAGAUGUACCCAGACUUGAGCUAUGCAGAGAAGACAACCACUGAGACUCUUGUUAUGGGUGUUGCACCUGUGAAGGCCCACUUUGGGGGUGCUGAAAUGGGCGUUGCUGCUGAGAAUGGUGGCUGCAAGUGUGGAUCAAACUGCACAUGCGACCCCUGCAACUGUAAGUGAGAUGCAGAUGAAAGCUUGAAGCAGAGAUGGCCCUUACUCCCAUCGUCAGUGGCAGAAACAAUAGUUAAUUGUAUGAGUGUGUGUGUUUGUUUUGUGUGCUUUGGUGUGACACCUUUUAGAGUUCUAAAAUAAAGUGGCCAUGGCUUGCCUUCAGCAAAUUCAAUUGUUCCGUUUGAUUUGUUGUGGAUGUCUCAAGCUAUGGUUGCUUAUGAUAUCUGUUUUGGUGGCUUUUGUAUAAGCGUUAGCUAAUAAAUCUUUAGUCUUUGCUUAUUAAUGAAAUAGUAUUGGAUUAUGGAAAGAAAAUUCUUAUUUGAUUUCCUCU